CCAGCAAACAGGGAAGCGUUGAGUCAGGGUUGAGCUCGUGCCCGUGUUUUUGCUAUCACGGAGGAGCGGGCUCACCAUUUCACGCUGUUAUAAGGCGCAAGGCGGAUGGUAGAGACAGUCUGCUUCAAAAGUUUGUAGCUGGAUGAAGAAAAUGGGCUCUUUUCGCUGCUCCGGGCCGAAGAUGUUCAGCUUUCUCCUGAUCUGCGUCACUUUGUGGAGCCACCGAAGCGGGAGCAGCGGGGCCAGCUCCUCUCGGAGACCUAACAUCGUUCUGAUCCUCACCGACGACCUGGACGUCGCUAUCGGGGGUCUGAAUCCCCUGAACAAGACGAAAAAACUCAUCGGUGACGCGGGGAUGACCUUCACAAAUGCAUUUGUUGCUAGCCCGCUGUGCUGCCCCAGUCGUGCCAGCAUCCUGACGGGGAAAUACCCCCACAACCACCACGUCAUCAACAACACCUUGGAUGGAAACUGUAGCAGCAAAGCCUGGCAGAAAAGCGAGGAGCCACACACCUUCCCCGCCUUACUGAAGGCCUCCGCUGGCUACCAGACGUUCUUUGCUGGGAAAUAUCUCAACCAGUAUGGGCACUCGGAAGCUGGUGGAGUGGAGCACGUUCCUCCAGGUUGGAACUACUGGGUCGGGCUGGAUAAAAACUCUAAAUACUACAACUACACACUGUCAGUGAACGGGAAGGCUCAGAAGCACGGAGCCGACUACAGCAAAGAUUACCUGACAGAUCUACUGGCCAACAUGUCUCUAGACUUCCUCCAGUAUAAAACCAGCUACCAGCCGUUCUUCAUGAUGGUGUCCACGCCGGCCCCCCACUCGCCCUGGACGGCAGCUCCUCAGUACCAGAACAGCUUCAACAACACCAAAGCUCCCCGAGAUCCCAACUUCAACAUCCACGGAAAGGACAAACACUGGUUGAUCAGACAGGCUAAAACUCCCAUGUCAAAUUCCUCCAUUCAGUUUCUGGAUGAUGCCUUCAGGGGACGGUGGCAAACUCUACUGUCAGUGGACGAUCUGGUGGAGAAAAUAGUGAAGAGGUUGGAGGUCAGAGGUGAACUGAACAAUACCUACAUCUUCUUUACGUCUGAUAAUGGAUAUCACACAGGUCAGUUCUCUCUCCCAGUGGAUAAAAGGCAGCUGUAUGAGUUUGACAUCAGAGUUCCUCUCAUGGUCAGAGGACCGAAUAUCAAACCCAACCAGACCAGCCAGAUGUUGGUGGCGAACGUUGACCUUGGUCCGACCAUCCUGGACAUCGCCGGGUACAACGUCAACAAGACCCAAAUGGACGGCAUGUCGUUUCUGCCAAUUAUGGAGGGGAAGAUGAACGGCACCAGCUGGAGAACAGACAUCCUGGUGGAGUAUGAAGGCGAGGGCAGGAACAAGUCGGACCCUACCUGCCCCCUGCUGGGACCCGGAGUGUCGGAGUGUUUCCCAGACUGUGUGUGUGAGGACUCUUACAACAACACUUACGCCUGUGUGCGCACCAUCGCCCCCUCUUCCAACCUGCAGUACUGCGAAUUUGAUGACAAUGAGAUUUUCGUAGAAGUCUACAACGUGACUGCAGACCCGUACCAGCUGACCAACAUCGCAAAAACCAUCGACAAGGAAGUCCUGGAGAAGAUGAACCACCGGCUGAUGAUGCUGCAGUCCUGCUCCGGACAGUCAUGUCGGACACUCGGCGUGUACGAUCCAAGGUAUAAAUUUGACCCACGACAGAUGUUUACCAGCCACAGCUGGAGGCUCAGCAGACUCAGGCAGACACUGAAGUAGGAAGACGGCGAAGGAUGUGGGGAAGCUGGGGAAGAAGGGCUGCAUUGAGUGAUGUGUUCAGCCUUUCCUGAUGUUGUUGCCUUGUUGUCAGGCCUCCUGAGCCAAUCUCUUUGUAAGAUGAGGAUGGAGAAGGGAUCAGGUGGGGGUCAUAUUAUGGGGCUGCUGGAAGAUAGGAGGCCCACCUUUAAACUGUCUGUUUGGACUGCUUUUCAGUUAUUUUUGUCAGUAGGUGUGAAAGAGAGCCAGAUUAUUAAGAACUGAUUUACACAAAGCAAGCCAUGAAUUAAAACCCUGUUUUCCUGUAAGCCUUAUUUUGCACUGAACAUAUCACUUUAAUUCCUUUCAACUACUCACUCUUCUAAUUUUUUAAUUUAUGGUUGAACACUUGAAUUUAUCAUAGAAAGCUACAGAGCCCUCACUUUCCCAUUAGGUGUGACUUUUUUUUUUUAAUCUCAUGCACUCAUUUUAAAUGUUACUAUAAAUUCACUUUUAUGACUUUGCUUACUGUCAGUGGCAUAAACUGCAGUUCCUCUAAUGGCCACUUGAGGGAGGCUUCAAAAGUGAGGCAGUCCCAAUAGAUUCCCAUGUUAAAAUGUCAAACUUAGCACUAGAAAUAAACAUAUACAGGCUGCUACAAAAAGCAGUUCUGGUCUUUGCCGUUAAUUUAACUCUUAAUAACAACUGUAGGGUAGUUUAAUUUAAAAAUAACCCAUUUAUUUUAGUUAUAUUAUGGUAUAAGGAUUAUAUGAUUAGGCCCUCUUUAACUGGUGGAUGCCAGCAUAGGUUUACUUCAGCUACUUUGAGUAACUAAACCGGAAUUUCAACUUUAUUUUUAAUGCCUUUGUUUAUUGUAGUUGUUUGACAAAUAAUAUGACCUGCUGUGUAGUUAAUGAUACAAAAGUCUGUCCAAGAAGUUUCUGCUCCAAUUUUAGUUGUUGUUUUGGGGUUUGUUUUCUUUUUUCAUUUUGCACUAAUUAGUCAACUUGUUUCUAGUCAAAGUCAAACUAGAAAACAGACUAGACAGUAUUUUUUUCCUUAAAAUAUUCACCUUGAGUAAAAGCACGCACUGACGUUAGCUGAAAACUUUGGUCUUUGGACUGGAGGAUGAACCUAUCUUGCAAACCACUACCUAACACUGUAAAGCUUUCUGAGGUCAAACUAAAACUUCAUUAGCAGAUUUUUCUCCGUUAUAUCACAGCUGUAUGCAUUCAUUACAGACACAUAUGAGUUUAUAGUAAAUAAUCCUGUGUGCACAAUAAGGAAAUGUCACCUUAAGGGACUCUGGGGGCUCUGCAGAAAGUUGUACUUGAAAUACUUUGGCAAAUACAAGCUCUAAACUGCAAACAAGGCUCCACUUUAAGAUUUUCUUAAACAGUUCAUGUAUCCAGGUUAAUUUUAUCAGGUUUAGAGCAAAGUUCUCAGAGCAAAAGAGGUUCCUCUGACAGGCAGGAACAAAUAAAUCUUACAAUUAUUUAGCAAGUAAAUUUAAAUUUAUCAGAAUUAUACGACUGAUUAAUCAACUCAAGUUCAAGCCACAGUCACAUUACCCUCUCAGUUGCCCUGCACAUCCUACUGUGAUGUAGGUAGCAAACAAAAUUUGAUCAUUUUAGUCUCCCAGGUUUUAUAUGGUAACUCUAACAAGAUCCCCCUUCCCAAUUUAGUGCAAUGUCCAAGAUUGUUGGUUUGAAAAAGGUUGAACAUACAAACACAGUCAAAAAAAAUUUUUUUGUAGCAUAACAUCAAAAAUCUAGCAGCUGUGGCUGCAAUGCUUUCCAACUCUGAUGUGACAACCACGGCUCAUUGCACUUGGCACGAGACCAGAUGUGCCACAGGUUGCCAAAAAUAUGAGGACAGCAAGUCAGAUGUAGCAGCAGUACAAAGCAUCCUGUAAUUUUUCAAAAUAAAAGACUGCACCAAACACAACCCUUCCUGAGACUCACAAAUUCAUGGCCUAAGUGAACUAAGAAAUGGAGUAGUGAGAAAUACUCUCACAGAAAUCAAUGUAUUGAACUUGUUAAGAUGACGUUAAAAAAGGUCUGUUAUGACCGAUUAACCUUUCUUGGCUGGGCUGGGUAAAAAGAGUCCGGAUGAAUUGUUGAAAAGUGGCAACGGCAUUUCAACCAAACGUCCUUUCAAGAAAGAAUUAUAAAUCAGAUUUAAUGCUGCAGCAUCAUUUCAAUGCUUAUUCCAAGACUGUUGCGUUCAAUCAUGAAAUAAUCAGCAUUUUAACUUUUGUCUCACCUGAUUUCAAAUAACUGAGUUCAUUUAAGAUGUUGUGACACUUCACUAAAUCUGAAUUUCUGUACCAAGAUCCAAAAGCUCAUCUUCAAAUUUCAAAUAGAAAAGCUACGUUUUCAUAAAGAUCAAGAUAAAAAAACCCAAUCUGAUUUACUAAAGUAUAAAGCCCUCUGUAACCCUUGAUUUGCAUUUUUAUCAUUCUUUAACAAAAAUUUCUUCAUUUUAAUGUUCCUUCUGCUUCCAGCUUUUUACAGAUUGUGGCAUUUCUUUAAAAUAUUAAAGUUUUGUGAAAUCUGAGGUUCACAUCAUUCCUGUGCAUAUCUAAAUGCAUAGCUCUAGCCAGUGGCUGAUUAGCGUAGCAUAAAACAAAAAAACCCAACCAACAGUACCUAUAGAGCCUCUAAAGUUACUACUGGUUAGUUUUGGGUCUGCUCAUAGGUCGAGUCAGGCUAUCAGUCCCAGUGUUUCCAGGCUUUAUGCUAAGCUAAGGGUCUCCUGGCUGUAGCUUUAUGCUCACUAAGCAAACAUAAGUGGUAUCGAUCUCCUGUCUAACUUUAAAGCUGCCUGGAGCCAAAACAUUGUGCUGAUGUUCAAACUUGUAAAAUUUAUGUUCAGUAAGAUGUGUGCAGAUCACUCGGAGGUGGAAACCUCGGAGGGAAAAUGCUAAACAUCUGUUUUUAAAACCGACUGCGUGUCAUGUUGACUGAGAACCGAAAAGACUUUCCCAUGCUCUGUCUUGUUUGCUUUAAUAAUACUAUUGUGUUCAUGUAUUGCAUCUUGCUCUGUAUUCAACAAACUGGACUGAAUUCACGUGAUCAUUGAAACCCUCCACUGGACUGUUUUGCUGCCCCCCCCCCCCAACUGAUCACUGAUCGUAUCUUCGACUCACUGAUGCACUUUCCGCUCUGUCAGAACAGUUCAGUCGUUUUGGCACCCUUGAGUAGUUUUUGAUUAUGUAUUUUUGGCUUAUGUGUUUUUGUCCAAAUAAAGAUCUAUUCUAAAGCAAUCACA